AUGUAUCAAAAUUCGAUGUCACCCGCUUAUGUUGAUAUUUCAUUUCGACAAAGUGUAAUGAAAAUAUUGUCAGAAAGAACUGCACAGGAUUUGACAAUAAUCAACGGUUAUCUAAAGCACCUAGAAGCGUUAUCAUUAUUAAGCGAAUCACAUAAAAGAAAUUUGAGUAAAACUGUACGUUAUGAGGUGCAUGAAGCCAAUCAUGUUUUAUUCAGUCGUGGUCAGUUGAACACAUGUUGGUAUAUUUUAUUAUCGGGCUCUGUAUUUAUUGAAUCGACAAUGUUCUUACCUCGUACAAGUUUUGGUAAAAGAACGCCUGGUAAUCAAUUUCGUGUACAUGAUUGUUUAGUAUUAGAACCAUCGGAAAUGCUAGUUAUUGAUUAUCCGGAUGUUGAUCAACAUAUAAAAAAAUACGAUUCGGUAUUAAGAACAAAACAACAUCGUUCAUUUCACGGUCAUCAUAGUGGUAAUCAAUCUCUAAAUCAACCAUCGCACCAUUUAAUCGAACAACAAUCACCAUCAUUAGAUUCUUGUCAAUCUGUUCCCGUUAUUGUUAAUCGACGUAAAAAUGCAAGAAUACGUCAGCAAUCAGAUACAGAACAACAUAUUGGAAAAAUUGCAAAUGAAAUCGAUACUACCACUGAUAUUGUUCAUCCAACAAGUCAUUCAGUAAUGACUCAUUCUCGUGCAAGUGAUACAUCAAGUGCCUAUUCUGGAUCAGAUGUUAUGCAAUUAUCAACGACUGGUGAAGAUAUUGUUGAUAAUGGAGAUGAAAUACCUGGAUGUUUAAGUAUGAACGAAAGUGAUGAUGAAUCAGAAGGAUCAUCUGAACGUUCAUUUCCUGUUCAUGAUAAUAUACGUGAAUCAUUAAUGAAAGAAGCAAGUGAACGAACAGAAGAUGAUAUUGAAGCUAUUUUAGAAUUUUUACAACAUUUUCCCGCAUUUGUUAAUUUAACAUUGCAUGUUCGUCGUGAAUUAUGCAAAGUAUUGAUAUAUGCUCAAGUUGAAAAAGCGAAUACUGUUGUUAUGAAUGAUGGUGAACGAUAUGAUUCUUGGAGCGUUAUCAUUAAUGGUAUUGUUGAUGAUGAAACAACUGAUGGACAAAUAAUACGAACAUUAACUGUUGGACAAUGUUUUGGUUGUGAAGCGACAUUAGAUCAAUAUUGUCAUACAGGUAUUAUGAAAACUAGAGUAGACGAUUGUCAAUUUGUUGUUGUUGCUCAAAAUGAUUAUUAUGGAAUAUUACAUCAGGGAGAAAAAAAUAUACGAAAAAUUGAAGAAGAUCAAAAACUUGUUAUGAUUAAAGAAUUGAGAAGAUAUGAAGAUACAAGUGCACAUCGAGAAGUAGUUAUCAAGGGAAAACCUGAUAAACUAAUAGAUUUAUUAAUCGAUGAAAAAUUAACAAUAGACGAUCCAAAUUAUGUUGAUGAUUUUUUUCUUACUUAUCGUACAUUUAUUAGUGAUCCUACUCAGAUUACACAGAAAUUACUCGAAUGGUUUGAAUCCCCGCAGCAUAGCGAAAAGGUUGCACGCGUUGUUUUAUCUUGGGUGAAUAAUCAUUUUAAUGAUUUUGAAUCAGAUCCAAGAUUGAGUGAAUUUCUUGAAAUAUUCGAUGAACGUUUACAACAUUAUGAAACAGAAUAUAUGCGUUCUUGGCGCCAAUUACUUAAUCUUGCUUGUUAUACAAAAGCAAGUAUUCGUACGAUCAUUUUAACACGAUCAACGCGUGAUGAUAUAUUAAAUUUUCAAAUUUUGGGCGGUACCGAACAGUCAAAUAAUGGAAUUUAUAUAUCAAAGGUCGAAAAAAAUUCGAAAACAUUUGAUGCUGGACUUCGAAGAGGAGAUCAAAUAUUAAGUGUUAAUGGGCAAAAUUUUGAUUAUAUAUCACAUGUUCGUGCUCUAGAAAUACUUCGUGGUACUACACAUCUUUCAUUAACAGUGAAAAAUAAUCUUAUGGGUUUUUAUGAAAUUGUAAACCCGGAAAAAUCUCCUAAUAGAAAAAAACGACAUGAUAUUAGUCUCUAUGAACGAGAGAUACGCUCAAAACUACAACAAUCACCAAUCACUCAACAUUCUAUAUCUGUUCCUACAGCAUUAUCGCCAGUAUCAUCAUCGAAUAGUCCAGAUCAACAUCAUCAACCACAACAACGAUUAGACAACGAUGAAACAAUAGACAAAUUAACUCCAUCAACUAUAACACCGAUUAAAAUUACCCAUCAUGAUAAAAAACCCAAACCAUUAGCAAAACGAAUGGGAUUUAAACGAGCACUACAAAAAUUUAAAAUAAGUCGACAUAACAAAAAGAAGGUUCUGGAUGACAGACAUUACGUCUAUAUUUUAUAA